GGAGCAGAGCGCGGUAGCUGUCAGAUAGAGGAGAGAGACCCAGAGAGUGAACACCCACCCUGCUCGCUUCGUCUGUCCGUAUCAAACCCUCCUUCAACAAGGCACCUCACCGCUCCGACGGCCGUCUAGCUGCUGGGCGGACCUUUAUUUUAAACGCACAUUUAGCGCAAAAUAACCGCAUUUCCCCCCCGGAGCUGUCAAAAGUAGCGAAGAAGCGAGAGACAGGAGAGCGACAUGGCCACGACAACCUGUACGCGAUUCACAGACGAAUAUCAGCUAUACGAGGAGCUGGGGAAGGGAGCCUUUUCAGUGGUGCGCAGGUGUGUUAAGCUGUGUACAGGACAGGAGUAUGCUGCCAAAAUAAUCAACACCAAAAAGUUAUCUGCAAGAGGGUGACCGGAGGGGAACUGUUUGAGGACAUCGUAGCCAGAGAGUAUUACAGCGAGGCCGAUGCCAGUCAUUGCAUCCAGCAGAUCCUGGAAGCGGUGCUUCACUGCCAUCAAAUGGGUGUGGUGCACCGGGACCUGAAGCCAGAGAACCUUCUCCUAGCAAGCAAAUGUAAGAAUGCCGCAGUGAAGCUGGCUGACUUUGGCCUAGCCAUUGAGGUGCAGGGGGAUCAGCAGGCCUGGUUUGGAUUUGCUGGCACACCGGGGUACCUGUCCCCUGAGGUUUUGAGGAAGGAGGCCUAUGGCAAACCUGUGGACAUCUGGGCCUGCGGGGUGAUCCUCUACAUCCUGCUGGUGGGCUACCCUCCUUUCUGGGAUGAGGACCAGCACAAGCUGUACCAGCAGAUCAAGGCUGGGGCUUACGAUUUCCCUUCCCCAGAGUGGGACACAGUCACCCCAGAGGCCAAAAACCUGAUCAACCAGAUGCUGACUAUCAACCCAGCCAAAAGGAUCACUGCUCAGGAGGCCCUCAAGCACCCAUGGGUCUGCCAACGGUCCACAGUGGCGUCUAUGAUGCACAGACAGGAGACCGUGGAGUGCCUGAAGAAAUUCAAUGCCAGAAGGAAACUCAAGGGGGCCAUUCUUACUACCAUGCUGGUUUCUCGAAAUUUCUCUGCAGCUAAGACAUUGCUCAACAAAAAGGCAGAUGUCAAGCCCCAGACAAACAGCACCAAAAACAGCAUAGUCACCAGCCCCAAAGGAAACAUCCCUUCACCUGCUCUGGAACCACAGACAACCGUCAUCCAUAAUCCAGUGGACAGGACGAAGGAGUCAUCAGACAGCAGCAACACCACCGUGGAGGAUGAAGAUGUGAAAGGAAAGAGCUUAGACAACAGCUCGCUUAAGGCGCAGUCCAGCACAAGCUCCCAGCCUGAUAGCUCUCAGGGCUCCUCAGCUGCUGUGUACUCUGCCACAAAGUUUGCUGACCUGCUGGGCUCAGUUCGUAGGGGCUCAGGGCCCACAUCUGACGGGGAAGGGAGAUCCUGCACUCCACCUCCCGCUGUCCUCUCUGCCCCCUCCCCUCCACACACCCCUGUUGUCCCCAUGCAGAUGUCUCGGCUCACAGACCUGGUAAGCAGCGUACGCAGGGUGCCGGUAGCCCCAGCACCUGAGGUUGAUGCUGCGCCGGCGCCGGUGCCUAGCGCCAGGCCCACCCCUUCACCUGCACACACCACCUCCCCACCUCCCCCUCACUCUCCCUCCAGCCAUUCCCUGUCUUCCUCCCAGACACGCAAACAAGAAAUUAUCAAGAUCACUGAGCAGCUGAUCGAGGCAAUCAACAAUGGAGACUUUGAGGCAUACGCUAAGAUCUGUGACCCUGGACUGACCUCGUUUGAGCCGGAGGCACUGGGCAACCUAGUAGAAGGGAUGGAUUUCCACAGAUUCUACUUUGAAAACCUUUUGGCUAAGAACAGCAAGCCCAUCCACACCACAAUCCUGAACCCCCACGUCCACCUGAUUGGCGAAGACGCUGCCUGCAUCGCUUACAUCCGCCUGACUCAGUAUGUUGACGGCCAGGGUCGGCCGCGGUCCAGCCAGUCAGAGGAAACUCGUGUUUGGCAUCGUAGAGACAGCAAGUGGCAGAACAUCCACUUCCACUGCUCAGGCGCACCAGCUGCGCCACUCCAGUGAGGGUUGAAUGCCAUAGCUUUGUCAGCUUUUGUCAGGAGUGUUCUGCUGGAGAGAGAGGAAGAGGAGAAGGAGGAGGAAGGGAUAAAAGAACAAGUCCAGUGUCAGUUUGGGGACGGGGCUCCUCGCCCUUCAGCAGCAAACCCUCCCUCACUGGACGCCCGGCCUCAACCCCCAGCAUGCAUCUCUUCUUUUACUACUACUGCCCCGUGUCUGUCACCUGCCCCACAACAUCUUCUGACAUCCAACAGCUCAACAUCCUUCACCCCCUCCAGCUUCCUCUUCUUCCCUUCCGGCACACUGAGUGAUAGGCGGGGGAGGGGGUGUUUUCAGCACUCAGUAGGAUUCCUUCUUCCCAUGGUCUCUUUCCCCCCCGUCCCCACAAUUUUUGUGACACCAAACCUCUUGUCCUCCUGUGAAUCCACACUUGUGUGACAAACACUGCACUGGAAAUACAGUAUGUAAAGUUUUAAGUAAAAUCUAUUAUUAUCAUUACUAUAUUAUUAUGAUGAUUAUUAUUAUUACACAUUUGCAAUUGUAUAUGUAAUUUGUAUAAUUCGAAAAUUCUUGAUGCCAGUGGUUUCUAGAGUUGAAGGAAAUCUUUUAUUUGUUUUUCUCUAUCUUUUUAAGGAAGCAUGUUUUUUUCCCCAUAUAACAGUGGCUGUUUUUUAUUGUGGCUAUUAAGUGGAAAAUUAUAUUGGCAGUUUUUGUAAUUUGCUUCUUGUAUGUUAGCUAUAAUACUGCGCCCAACUUGUUUUUGUUUGUUUGUUUUUGGGUUGUCUUCUUCUUUUUAUUUUUUUGGAAGGGGUGUCUGAUGGUAUUAUGCGUUCAUGUAAAGAAUGAGUCCUAAUGUGUGUGUGUGUGUGUGUGACUGUGGUUAUGUAAGCCAGACACCUAGUGUGUACUAGUCCAGACACAAUGACUCUGUACAGUUGGAGGAACCUAUUGUUUUUCCCUUUGUUGCAAUGUGAGCGGCCGGAGAAGCUAGGCUCAGUGUCUUCCUGCAUCAAAGCGUAAACAUUUCAAACAUACAAAACAAACAGCACGCAAUAGGAGAUUAAUUGUGAAUUUACUUUUCCAUCUUCAUGUUUAACGCUGUAAUGGUAGCACCCUGAAUGGUGAGGUCUGAAAUAUGAAGUCAGAGAAGAAAAAUAUGUUGCUUUUAUCAGUUAGCGACAGUGUUCCCUUUCUUGUUCUUGUCCCUAUCUCAUUACAAUGAGAACAUUUUCUUAAUAUAACAUGAUACAUGAUGAUAACAUAACAACGUAUUUUGUUAUAAGAAGAAACAUAUAUAUAUAUAUAUAUAACACAUCCCCUUUACAACAUUACAUGUUGGUGUAUUACAUAAAGAAAUUAUUUGUAUGUUCUCUGUAAUAUGAAAAAAUGUUACAACAUGAAAAAUGUAGGGAUGGGAUAUUUUGAGCCAGAUUCUGCCUUGAUAAAUGCAUAUGAUAAGAGUCGUUAUUUAACAUGCGGGGCUGUACAGAAAAAAAAACAAGAAGUCUGAUCUCUUACAGGGAAGGGAGCAUCAAUUCUCUUAAAUCUGAGGCAUAAAAGGCUGAUGGAUAUAAGUCCCAGUCCUUGAACUCGGGAUUAUGUUUAGUUGUAGACUAGACGGAUCUUUGGAAUAACAUCGUUUCGCUAUAUAACCAACCAUUUUGAACAGAUUCAAGGCCACCCUGAUGUAAAAAUACUCAAAUUACUAUUAGUAUACGGAAUAGAAUU